AUGGAUGACAACUUGUUUGAUGUCUUUGAAGAGAACCCAACAAUUUCUCCAGAAGAAUUGGAAGACGUUGAAGUUCCAGUAGAAGAAGAGUUAGAUAAAGACACUACAUCCAUAGAUGAAAAUAACAAGAAACGUUUGCACACCGAUGACGAAAAAACUACUCAAGAAAAUAAGAAGGUUAAGCCAAGUAAGACAACUGAUGUGAAAUCUAAGGAAGUUGUAGUUCCUAGAGUAGCAGAUUCUUUCGAACAAGAGGCUUCUAGAGAAGUAGAAGCUGCUGGAACUUUAACAGGGCCAUCCAGCAUACCAUCUGAGGAAGAUGGUAAAAUGAAAUUAUCUCAUCAAGUCCGUCAUCAAGUCGCAUUACCACCCAAUUAUGAUUAUAAGCCUAUAGGUGAACAUAAAAGAGUUAAUGAGGCUAGAACUUACCCAUUUACUUUAGAUCCAUUUCAAGAUACAGCUAUUUCUUGUAUUGAUAGAGGUGAAUCAGUUUUAGUAUCUGCUCAUACAUCUGCUGGUAAGACUGUUGUUGCAGAAUAUGCUAUUGCACAAUCUCUAAGAGAUAAGCAAAGAGUAAUCUAUACCUCUCCAAUUAAAGCAUUAUCCAAUCAAAAAUAUAGAGAAUUAUUAGCUGAGUUCGGUGAUGUUGGUUUGAUGACAGGUGAUAUUACGAUUAAUCCCGAUGCAGGUUGUCUAGUGAUGACAACAGAAAUUUUAAGAAGUAUGUUGUAUAGAGGUAGUGAAGUUAUGAGAGAAGUUGCAUGGGUAAUUUUCGAUGAAGUCCAUUAUAUGAGAGAUAAAGAACGUGGUGUUGUUUGGGAAGAAACUAUUAUUCUAUUACCAGAUAAAGUACGUUAUGUAUUCUUAUCAGCUACUAUUCCAAAUGCUAUGGAAUUUGCAGAAUGGAUUUGUAAGAUUCAUGCUCAACCAUGCCACAUUGUUUAUACUAACUUCCGUCCUACACCUUUACAACAUUAUUUAUUCCCAAGUCAUGGUGAUGGUAUCUAUUUGGUUGUUGAUGAAAAAAGUACUUUUAGAGAAGAAAAUUUCCAAAAAGCGAUGGCAUCAAUUAGUAAUCAAAUCGGUGAUGAUCCAAACUCCACAAAUUCUAGAGGUAAAAAGGGCCAAACUUUUAAAGGCGGUGCUGCUAAGGGUGAUUCCAAAGGUGAUAUUUACAAAAUUGUAAAAAUGAUCUGGAAAAAGAAGUAUAAUCCUGUUAUUAUCUUCUCAUUCAGUAAACGUGACUGUGAAGAAUUGGCUUUAAAGAUGUCAAAAUUGGAUUUUAAUUCUGAGGAGGAAAAGGAUGCGUUAACUAAAAUUUUUAAUAAUGCCAUUGCAUUACUACCUGAUACUGAUAGAGAAUUACCUCAAAUAAAACACAUUUUACCAUUAUUGAGAAGAGGUAUUGGUAUUCACCACUCCGGUUUAUUACCUAUCCUAAAAGAAGUGAUUGAAAUUUUGUUCCAAGAAGGUUUCUUAAAAGUCUUAUUUGCCACUGAAACUUUUUCUAUUGGGUUAAAUAUGCCUGCUAAGACUGUCGUUUUCACAUCAGUAAGAAAAUGGGAUGGUCAACAAUUUCGUUGGGUUUCUGGUGGUGAAUAUAUUCAAAUGUCUGGUCGUGCAGGUCGUCGUGGGUUAGAUGAUCGUGGUAUUGUCAUUAUGAUGAUAGAUGAAAAGAUGGAACCUCAAGUUGCCAAAGGUAUGGUAAAAGGUCAAGCAGAUCGUUUGGAUUCAGCAUUUCAUUUAGGUUAUAACAUGAUUUUGAAUUUGAUGAGAGUUGAAGGUAUAUCGCCUGAAUUUAUGUUAGAAAAUUCCUUUUAUCAAUUCCAAAAUGUGAUUUCCGUACCUGUUAUGGAAAAAAAAUUGAUUGAAUUAGGCAAUGAAGCUGCCUCAAUUCAUAUUGAAGAUGAAGAGAACGUGAAAGAUUAUUAUGAAUUAAGACAAAGAUUGGAUAGUUACAAUGAAGAUGUUCGUCAUAUCAUCACACAUCCAGCUAAUUUAUUGAGUUUCUUGCAGCCAGGUAGAUUGAUUGAAGUUAUUAUUGAUGGUAAAGAAAAUUAUGGAUGGGGUGCUGUUGUUGAUUUUGUUAAAAGAGUUAAUAAACGUAACCUAUUGGUUGAAUACACAGAUCAUGAAUCAUAUAUCGUUAAUGUUGUGGUUAAUUCUAUGUAUAUCGAUGCACCAAUCAAUUUAUUAAAACCAUUUAAUCCAGUGUUCCCAGAGGGCAUUCGUGCUGCAAAAGACGGUGAAAAAUCGAUGUCUGUCAUUAUACCAAUUACAUUAGAGUCAAUUCGUAGCGUUGGUAACUUAAGAUUAUUUAUGCCUAAAGAUAUUAGGGCUUCAGGUCAGGCUGCUGUAGUUGGUAAAUCAUUAAAUGAAGUCAAACGUAGAUUCCCGGAUGGUAUUCCAUUAAUUGACCCUGUUAAAAAUAUGAAAAUUGAUGAUGACGAUUUCCAAAAGUUGUUAAGAAAGAUUAAGGUGUUAGAAGAUAAAUUAUUUUCAAAUCCAUUACAUGAUUCAGUUAAAUUAGGUGAAUUAUAUAAUAACUAUAGUAGAAAGCAUGCUAUUGAAAACGAUAUGAAGCAAUUAAGACAUAAAAUUAGUGAAUCCCAAUCAGUUAUACAAUUGGAUGACUUACGUCGUAGAAAGAGAGUUUUGCGUCGUCUUGGGUUCUGUACACCAAAUGAUAUUAUUGAAUUAAAAGGUAGAGUAGCCUGUGAGAUUUCAAGUGGUGACGAACUGUUAUUAACUGAAUUAAUCUUUAAUGGUAAUUUCAGUGAAUUGAAGCCAGAACAAGCUGCUGCUUUACUAUCGUGUUUUGCAUUCCAAGAACGUUGUAAAGAAUCACCAAGAUUGAAACCUGAAUUAUCUGAACCUUUGAAGAAUUUAAGAGAACUUGCUUCUAAGAUAGCUAAACUAAUGAAGGAUUCUAAAAUUGAAAUAGUGGAGAAGGAUUAUGUUGAAAGUUUCAGACAUGAAUUGAUGGAAGUGGUAUAUGAAUGGUGUAGGGGUGCUACAUUUACACAGAUAUGUAAAAUGACUGAUGUUUAUGAAGGUUCUUUAAUUAGAAUGUUUAAGAGAUUAGAGGAAUUGGUCAAGGAAUUGAUAGAAGUGGCUAAUACUAUAGGUAAUUCAGCAUUGAAAGAAAAAAUGGAAACUAUUUUGAAAUUAAUUCAUAGAGAUAUUGUAUCUGCUGGUUCAUUGUAUUUAUAG